GAAGCCUGAUACAUAUGACUCAGAUUACAGUUCAAGCAGUUCCACAGGUCUUCUUGUUGGAUUAGUAGUGGGUGGAGUUGUGUUUCUGAUCAUUAUUACAGGAUUAAUAAUAGCAUGUAAAGUAGCACAACAAAGAAGACUGGCAAUGCCACAAACACCAUAUGUGGUUCAAACUACUGCUGUUAGUUCAAACCAACCAGGUUAUCAUUCAGCAUCACAGCCAAGCUACCAACCUCCUCCACAAGCUCCAUUCCAGCCAGGAAUGCAGGGUAGUUACCAACUUCAUCCAAUGCAGAGUGCUUACCCAGCAAACACACAGCAGAGUUACAAUAUGGGGACUAGCUACCAACCUGUUCCACAAGCAGAGCAUGGACGACAUAGUCCUGCUAACUUUCCUCAACCCACAGCACCGCCAGUUGGCAAUACAGAACCACCACCAUCUUAUGACAGUGUUACGAAGUAGCCUGCUUUCUUUGUCUUAAACCUGCUGAAACAGAAAACAAAUUAACCGUAACAACCAGUUCAUAGCUAGACCAGCUUGCACAUCCAUUUAGCCUUCCCAGGUUCCUUACUAUUGGCUGAUUAACUUUUAAAGUUUUCAUAUUGAUAUUCCCAAAAUUGAUAAUGAACAGUUACAAAAAUUGAGGACUGACAAGUUCAUCACAGAAAUAUGAAAAAAAGAUAUAAUGAAGUAAAAUGGUGUACCAGAACAUUUUACCUUAUUUGUGUAGUAUAUUAUUAAGAUAACCAUAUAUUACUGAAAGGUUGUUGCUUUGUAUGUCUUUUGUUAAAGAUCCUGUUACUCAAUUUUUUAUGGUUUUAUUUCAUAAAUAUAAUAUCAAUAAUGUAAGUUUCAAAAAACAUUAUUUAUAAGAUACUGAAUUAACAUUUCAUGUAAAUAUAGGGAGGUAAUUAGAAAUUUAUUUUCGAUAAAGUCUAAGCCAAAUUUUUCAAUAAGAAAUGUAACAUAUAUUUAAAUGAUUCGAAUACAUGUACUUAUAAUGCGUGUUAACAUUUGCAGUACAUAUUUAACAUAUUCUUGGAUGUUUGGAAAUUGAUUUUAAAGUAUAAUUAUAUACAGUUGACUCUCGGUAACUCGAAAUCCAAGGGACUGGGCAUUUUACUUCGAGAGAAACGGAAUUCGAGUAAGAUGGAUCUGUCGCCAUUACGUUGACAUUCGUACAUGUAUAUACAUGUGCCUGAUGUACAAAGAAGUAGGUUUAUUGUUGUUGAUAGCGGCAAUGCUACAAUAUUUAACCGUUGAAAUGACGGUAAAUCACUUUCAACUACAAAUUAUGAACAAAAAUAUAUAAUUUAAUGCAUGUAUAUUAAUAGUGAAACAUAAACACAAACAUUCGUAGCAAUGACAUAAAUGCAAGUUUGUCAGUAUUCGUCAGUAAAGCCCAUGUUUAUAAUAAACACUCAUGACAAAUCAUUACAAUAAAAGCACAAUAACACUUUUAUAUUAACAACAAUUUAUCUUAUAUUUGAAGUGAAUUGAUCAAAUUAAUGUAUGCAAUAUGACGGAACAUUAAUUAUACAGAUGCCAUUUACGUUGAUAACACACAUCAAUACCUAGGCUGUUUUUUUACUAACACCAGUCCUGUCAGACUGGCACGAGUCUUAAUUUUGUUAUCUAACUGUGAAAACCAAUUCAGUCUUGAAACCGAUUAAAGCCACUUUUGCGACGUGCUAAUAAUACAUGAUGACCGGCAAUUAAAAUUUCUAUGGAACGUGUGAAUCACAAGGAGAACAUCUCACCUUGAUGUUGCCGACCUUUGAUCAGUCGGCUGUUUUCAUAAUUCGACUAAUUGAGAUGAAAAUAUGUUGGACUUUAAUUGACGGGACCAAAUUUUCUUUUCGACUAAACAGGAGUCUCGGUAAGUCAAAAUUUGACCUAAGCGGAGUUAAAAUACAAAGAUAAAGAAGGAAAUUUGACGGGACUUUAGAAAUACUUCGACUUACGCGGAAUUUUGAGUAAAGCGAUUUUGACUUAUUGAGAGUCAACUGUACAUAUAUAAAAUUUUACUUAAGUAUUUGUACAUCAGUAACUACAACAUACAGGAUCUUUAAAGAUGAUAUGUUUUUCUAAGGCAAUAUCUUUCAGUCCAGAGUUUAUGAUGGCCCUUAAAGGAAUUACACUGAGAUCAAAAAACCUAAAAAUAUACAAUUUUAAUUCUUUCAUAUUAGCUGGGGCACUUUAAACAAAAAUAUAUGCAAAAGAUAAUGAACAAAUAUAAUCAGGAAUAUUUUAAAAUUUGUAUUUUUUUUUGUGUUAUACUUAGCCUGAUUUGAGUGAAAAGGGUUUAACCUUUUACCCCAUGAGCA